AUGUGUUCUACCAGCUGUCCCACUCACCCCACUCAGGCGGGCAGGAGGGCGUAUGUGUUCUACCAGCCAAUAUGUCCCACUCACCCCUCUCACCCCACUCACCCCACUCACCCCACUCAGGCGGGCAGGAGGGCGUAUGUGUUCUACCAGCCAAUAUGUCCCACUCACCCCUCUCACCCCACUCACCCCACUCACCCCACUCAGGCGGGCAGGAGGGCGUAUGUGUUCUACCAGCCAAUAUGUCCCACUCACCCCUCUCACCCCACUCACCCCACUCACCCCACUCAGGCGGGCAGGAGGGCGUAUGUGUUCUACCAGCCAAUAUGUCCCACUCACCCCUCUCACCCCACUCACCCCACUCACCCCACUCAGGCGGGCAGGAGGGCGUAUGUGUUCUACCAGCCAAUAUGUCCCACUCACCCCUCUCACCCCACUCACCCCACUCAGGCGGGCAGGAGGGCGUAUGUGUUCUACCAGCCAAUAUGUCCCACUCACCCCUCUCACCCCACUCACCCCACUCAGGCGGGCAGGAGGGCGUAUGUGUUCUACCAGCCAAUAUGUCCCACUCACCCCUCUCACCCCACUCACCCCUCUCACCCCACUCACCCCUCUCACCCCACUCAGGCGGGCAGGAGGGCGUAUGUGUUCUACCAGCCAAUAUGUCCCACUCACCCCACUCACCCCUCUCACCCCUCUCACCCCACUCAGGCGGGCAGGAAGGCGUACGUGUUCUACCAGCGCGCAGGCGUGUCGCGCGUCGUGGCGGCCGCCCUCCACAACACUGUGCUGCUCGGCAGGGUCGUCAGAGCGUUUUACCUGCCGCCCGAGCAGCUGCGGCCCUCCAUGUUCCUGAAGAAGAUCGAGAGGCCGACGCAGCGCCAGAAACUUGAUAAAGACGCGCACAAUAUUCAAGAUGGCGGGAACUUAAGUAGAUGUUAAUGUGAACAAUU